CACACACACACACACACCCGCCCCUCCGGUGCCUCGCGUGUGACGUGUCCUCCCCCCGCGGUGCGCUAGGACCCGCGACCCGUCCCUCCUCCGUGGCUGAGCGCGUUCCCGCAUCACUCUGAGCGUCGGCGCGCGACUUGACCAGUGAAGAGGCCCUCUGGUGCUAUAAAAAUGAACACCCUGCUCUUCCUCACUCUGGUCUCCCUGGGCUUCGCUGACAACUUGGGCCACAUGAGCAGCGAUCAGGAGCACUACAGGACCAUCUACAUUUCAGAAAAUGGGCCACGCUUGUCUGUGGUGACGGAACAGGCGAAAGUGGUCUCCCGCCGUGGGGGCAACGCUACACUGCCCUGCAAGUUCCAGCGUGAUCCAUCCCUGCCUGCCAACCCCAAGCUGAGGAUCAAGUGGACCAAGCUCACUUCUGACUACCUGAAGGAGAUUGAUGUUUUCGUGGCCAUGGGCUACCACAAGAGGAGCUACGGCAGCUUCCACAGCCGGGUUCACCUGCAGGGGGCCAGCGAGAAUGAUGCCUCACUGGUCAUCACGGAGGUGACACUCGAAGACUAUGGAAAGUACAAGUGUGAGGUGAUCGACGGCCUGGAGGACGACACUGGAGUGGUAUCCUUGGAUCUGCAAGGGGUCGUGUUCCCUUAUUUUCCACGCAUGGGCCGCUACAAUCUGAACUUCCACGAUGCUGAGAAGGCCUGCCGGGAUCAGGACGCUGCGGUGGCCUCCUUUGACCAGCUGUAUGAUGCCUGGAGGGGGGGGCUGGACUGGUGCAAUGCAGGCUGGCUCAGCGACGGCUCUGUGCAAUACCCCAUCACGCAGCCCCGGGAGCCCUGCGGUGGCAAGAACACGGUCCCCGGAGUGAGGAGCUACGGACAGCGCGACAAGGACAAGAGCCAUUAUGAUGUCUUCUGCUUCACUUCCAACUACAGGGGUCGCUUCUACUACUUGAUACACCCAACGAAGCUGGCGUACAGCGAGGCUGUGCAGGCCUGUCAGAAGGAUGGCGCCCAGAUUGCCAAGGUGGGACAGAUGUACGCGGCGUGGAAGCUCCUGGGCUACGACCGCUGCGAUGCCGGCUGGCUGGCUGACGGGAGCGUACGCUAUCCCAUCUCCCGCCCGCGAAGGCGCUGCAGCCCCACCGAGGCGGCGGGUGCUACGACACGUGAUGUAUUGUCCUCGUACCUUCGAGUGCUUUUUGGUUCAAUAAUGCACAGUUAUGUAAGUGGACCAAACCGAGUCACGUCAUCACAUGAACACAAUUGAAAAGCCAUAGUCUUUUUAAGUUGUUUACCUUUUUUGAAACAUGGCUACAUAUGCUGCCGUUCUCGCAACGUAUUCCUCUGAUGUUCCUUUUUUCCAAGAACGCCCCUUGCAAUGGAAACGAUUAAUGGUGGAAUACGACAGCAGUCGGUGCACCAGUGAUGGGAUGGAUGCUCCGCAUGUGUCAAACAGUUCCUUUGCAGUGAUUUUCCACCGGUGCAGGAUGUGCGACCUGCUUACACACGUCCACAGAGAAAGGAGAGUGAAAGUGCAGCCCUCGUCAAGUGUCAGCUUAGGUGCGACUGGCAUUCCUGUGACACAAACUGAAAUAAAGUGAACAGAAGUGACCGUGAGAGAACAUGAGCUCAGGGCAGUAACAGGGGCUCCUGCGGGGCGCAGUCGCCUCUCAGUAAAGUGCAGCUCGGCUCCAGUUCAGCUUUGAAAGGAGUGUAAUCGUAGUAACGCAAGAAAGGCAUUUGUAUUGUUUCGUGUCAGGAUGCCGUGAAGUACACAGCCUGGCAGCGAAGAGGGUCCCCAGUUGCCCGUGGAGUCACGUUGUGAGAGUAGCCACCGAAGACGCGAUGACGUAGUGACCGCAUGUGACCACACGUGACCCUUUCCAGCAGAAGGACGUGCGGUUGGUUGAGUGUGCAGGCGGGUAAUAAAGGCGAUUCCUCUUGCUUGGCGGCUUCACUUUCCCUCCUUUCCGUUCCUCGAGCAACUGUGUGAGCAGAGUUCGACCGCGCUGAUUCCACCGAACUUCGGUGCAUUACUUAAGUCCCUGAGUCGCGGCAUUUUCCCCCUGUGUUUGUUUACAUGGAACACUACUCCAUCAAAGUAUUGUUUGUAUCUGUGUAAAGGAUUUUUUCACCCAAAGUUGAGAUAAGAAAAAUAAAAAUAUUGAAACAAGCAGCGUGUAACUUUUUUUUUUCCAACGUAUCGCCUUCGAAAUGUGUGACUUGUCAUUGUGCAAAGCAGUAACAUCCUCUGUUCCACUCUCGACGCACAUUUGUUCACUUUCAUAUGUUAUGAUGGGAAAUUAAAGUGCGGUUUUUAUUGA